GAAGGAACCAAGAGCAGGGCUUGCUUGGCUUCUGGGGUCAUCUGUUACCUGAAAAUCCACAGUCAUGAAGAUCCUAUAUCUACUCUUUUCUCUUCUCUUCUUGGUACUCCAGGUUUCUCCAGGUUUUUCUUCACCCCAACGGGACAUGUUUUUCUGUAAAAGAAGCAACUGUCACUCUGGAAGAUGUCCCAUCCAUCUGAUUAGAGUUGGAAGUUGCUUUGGGUUCGGCUCCUGCUGCAAAGCGCCAUGGGAAAUUAAUAGAAGGUCCAUUCAAGAGUGAUGACAAUUUCUUCUAAGCCCAGGAAUUUGCUUUCAAUCCCCUUUCUGCUAAGACCACCAGAUCCUGCUACAAAGCUUCGUGCACUUUUCAUUUUUAAUGCAAAAAGCUUCUUUAUAUAGAGU